UACAACCAAAGGUACCGGGUACGACUUUGUCCUUUUUUACAACAUUAAGGAAGGGGACAACAUCGCUGUAAAGUCCACAAGGCCCGCUCAAACACCACCAAAAAGGGAACUAAAUACCGAAAAUGUCUGCAAAAAAAGAAGGUGACGGUGGAUGGAAGAGCUUUAUCUGGAAUUCUGACAAGAAGGAAUUUUUAGGACGCACAGGCGGCAGUUGGUUCAAAAUCUUCAGCUUCUACGUUAUCUUCUAUGGCUGCUUGGCUGGAAUUUUCAUUGGCACCAUCCAGGCCAUGCUUCUGACUCUCAGCAACUACAAGCCCACAUACCAGGACAGGGUUGCACCCCCAGGCUUAUCACACUCCCCACGCCCGGAAAAAGCAGAGCUCAGCUUUUCUAUGUCGGACGAAAGUAGUUACUCUGCAUAUGUGAAUAAUAUCGAAAAAUUUCUGAAAACCUACGAUAAUGAACACCAGAAGGAUGUCACCAAAUUUGAAGACUGUGGAGUCACACCCCAAACCUAUAAGGAUCGUGGAGAACUGGAGAGCAGUGACGGCAUAAGGAAGGCCUGCCGCUUCAGUAGAGAACUGCUGAAGGAUUGCUCAGGCGAAAAUGACAAAUCAUAUGGCUUCAGUGAAGGCAAGCCCUGCCUCAUCGUUAAACUCAAUAGAAUUGUGUUCUUCAAGCCACGGACUCCAGCUUCCAAUGACAGUAUCCCUGAGGCAGUCCGCCCUAACUUUCAGAGCAAUCUGAUCCCAAUCCACUGCUCAAGCAAGAGAGAAGAGGAAGCAGAUAAGCUCGGACCGAUCGAUUACUUCGGGCUGGGUACUGGUUUCCCCCUCCAGUAUUAUCCUUACUACGGCAAGCUGCUACAGCCCCAGUACCUCCAGCCUCUGGUGGCCAUCAAGUUCCACAACAUCACGAAGGAUAUGGACAUGCGCAUAGAGUGUAAAGUAUACGGACAGAACAUCGAUUACAACGAGAAGGACCGUUCUCAGGGACGUUUUGACAUCAAAAUCACCAUCAAGUCAUGACCUUAGCUAUGAAAAUAGCACUUUUAUUCUGCCCAUUUCAAAACACAGUAAUUUAGAUGAAUAAACAAAGACGAGUACAAUUUUAAUUGGAAAAAGCAACAACAACAACAACAACUAGUCUUGAACAAACUUUCACAACAUACGGGACCUACACUUAAUCUGUACGCUUUACACUAGCUUUCUCUGCAUGUCUAGGGUUAGAUUGUAAAUUACAGGAAGAGUAGCAAUAGCAAAGUAUUUAUUCUACUGUAAAUGAGAAUAUUCCGUGAGCCAUGGGACGUUCAUUUAUUACUGUAAAUUAUAAUUCCACUACUGAUGUAGCGAGCAGUGUUUCUGUCCCCUGAGUAUUUCUGCCUAGUGUGGUCUCUUUAUAUUUUAUGGAGUGUGCAGUGCAGUAGUCGCAUACAAUGGUCCUUUCCAAGCCAUGUUGUAAUUUCUGUUGUCUUAUGUGAGAAAGACUUAGCGGUCCAAGGUGUGUGUGAGUGUGUAUGUGUAUGAGAGAGAGGUUGAGUGUGAAUGUGCGUAUUCGUCUACUUAAAUGAAAACUGAAAAUACUGGCAUGGUACGCUCUGAACUCCCCAGGUCUGUGUGUGUGUGUGUGUGCGCGCGUGUAAGUGACUGCACUCCGUUCAAACCUUUUUUUCCUUUUUCUUUGCAUCUUAUGUUUUUCAUUGAUUGUGGGGAAUGUUUUUACAUCACCUUUGGACUUUUUAUUUGAUCUUCUUGCAAUUUGGGAAAUUGGGGCUAAUGAAAAUUCUGUGUAAGGCUUUUAUUUUUCUUUACUAUUAAGUGUAGAACUGUGUGUCUAGAGUGGAGGACUGAAGUGGCCAGUGGUCACCAUGGCAACUCAGUGCUUUUCUUUUUUUGUUCUGGAGACAUCACAUGCUGUGUUGUUACUUUCUAAUGAAUGUUUUUGCCAUUUUCAUGGUGGAAGAAUUUUAUAUUUAUGCAGUUGUACAAUUUUUUUUCAGCAGGAGAGUGUGUAAUGUAUGAAUCCAAAUACCAAAGUCACUGGUCAAAGGUUCGACACCUGUCAGAUGCAAAGCAGUACCCCAUGUAAUAGGAUAUUUUGUUUGUGUUUAAAGUUCUUAAAAGUCAUUGUUGGACAUCAGAACACUUGUCAAGAGUUGCAUUUGCUCUUGUAAUGUUAUUUAAAUCUGGGUAAGACCUAAGAAGAAAUAAAUGGACAGACAACUGA